AUGAAAUAUUAAUUUUUUCCAAAGAAUAUUGUUAAUAAUAAACAAGAGAAUUCAGAUUAAAUGAAAGUUAUAUACUAAUUACAAUAACAUUUAUCAAUCAAUUAAAUUGAGAAUUGUUAUUCAAUAGAUUUUAGUAAAGAUUGCAAUACUAUAGCAGUUGGAGAAUUGUUAAUAAUCAAGGUAUAUUGGUUCACAUUAGAGAAGAUAAAGUUAAUUAAUACAUUAUUAGGUCAUAGAAAUGAGAUUUCAAUGUUAAGAUUUAUGUUAAAGUCUAAUAAUUUAGUUUCUACAAGUUUAGAUGGUUCAAUUUCUAUAUGGCCUUAGUGCCUAUUAGCAAAACCAUUAAAAAGUUACAAAUUAUUAAAUCAUUAGAAGGGUAUUAUAUGUUACACAAUAAAUUCUGAUGAAAGUCUUUUUAUUACUGGUAGUUAUGAUAGCACUAUGAAUGUUUGGAUUAAAAAAGAUAAUUAAUGGAUUUGCAAAUAAAAAUUAACUGAUCAUACUAGUGCUGUAUAUGGAAUUAGUAUGAAUGAAAAUUAAAAUACAGUUAUCUCUUGUGGUUAUGAUAAUAAAAUCUUAAUAUAUGCAACACAUUUUUUUGAAGAUUCAUAAUUAUUAACAAAGAUACAAACAAUAAAUGUAGAUAAUUAUGGAUUUAGAUUAUGUUUUAUUAAUAAUAAUAAAUUUGUUUUUUAGCCUUAAAAUGAUGAGAAUUUGAUAAUUUAUGAAUUAAAUGAUAAUGAUGGAAAAUUUAUAAAAACUAAGGAGUUAGGUAUGAAUAAUGGUAUAUAUUGCCAUGAAUACUUUC